CAGCAGUUGGUAGACCCGAGGAAUGAUCCGUCAAUCCAUGUCUCCGUGGGCUGCCCAGUGCUUGCGCGUUAAGAAGGAUGGUACGCUGCGACUGUGCAUCGACUGGCGUGAACUCAACACACUCUUGGUCUCGGAUAGUGGGGAUUUGGGUGACAUGCAGACGAUAUUCGACACGUUGAAGGGCAAGAAGUAUUUCACUCAGCUAGACCUCGCCUCCGGUUUUCACCAGAUGGAAAUUGCCGAGAAAGACCGUUACAAGACGGCCUUUCGAGAUGCGGAUGGAAUGCUUUGGGAAUUUACGCGCGCGGGUUUCGGCCUGACGGUGCUUCCGGCGGCCUUUACUCGUAGAGUGAAAUCGGCUCUGGGGCAUCUAGCAGGCGUGUUUAGCUGGCUUGACGACAUUCUCAUCGCUAGCGACUCAUGGGAAGAACAUCUCGCCACUCUGACGCUCGUUCUGAACCGCCUUCUGGCUGCGGGGCUGUCAGUAAACUUCGCAAAGUGCAUUUUCGGCGCAGCAUCGCAGGAAUUCCUCGGCAUGAUCAUCGACAGCACGGGGCUAUACCCCGCUCCGUCUAAGCUAGAUGCAAUCGCACGCAUGCCUCGCCCACACACCGUGGAAGAGCUGCGCACGUUUUUGGGUCUUACCGGUUACUUGCGUCAGUUUGUACCCAACUACAGUUUGACUGCCGCUCCGCUCACCAACAUCCUGCGCAACAAAGCCUUCGCUUCGAAACGUGCACGCAAGCUUCCUAUCCCGUGGUCCGUAGCUGAGGAAGACGCCUUCCAGUCUUUACGAGAAACGUUGGCUUCCCCGAAGGUCCUUGCUUUCCCUGACCUUGAGCGUCCGUUCGAACUGCACACGGAUGCUAGCACGCUGGGUGUAGGAGCUUCGCUUAUGCAGACAAUCGAUGGUGUCACCAGAGCGGUGGCGUUCGCGAGCCACCGGUUUUCACAAACCGAUGCUAGACGCGGGCCCACGGAACGAGAAUGCAUGGGGGUCCUCUGGGCGGUAGACCACUUCCGGCCGUACCUAGCGGGUAGACGGUUCAAACUGGUUACAGACUGUUCUGCCCUUACAUGGUUGUUCCGGAGCCGUGAACUCUGCCCCAAGCUGCACAGCACGCUGGGUGUAGGAGCUUCGCUUAUGCAGACAAUCGAUGGUGUCACCAGAGCGGUGGCGUUCGCGAGCCACCGGUUUUCACAAACCGAUGCUAGACGCGGGCCCACGGAACGAGAAUGCAUGGGGGUCCUCUGGGCGGUAGACCACUUCCGGCCGUACCUAGCGGGUAGACGGUUCAAACUGGUCACAGACUGUUCUGCCCUCACAUGGUUGUUCCGGAGCCGUGAACUCUGCCCCAAGCUGCACAGGUGGGCGCUGCGGCUGAUGGAGUACGACAUGGAACUGGAAUGGAAGGCGGAGGUAGAGCACGUAGUGCCCGAUGCUUUGUCCCGGUUGCCUGUGGCGAACCCGGUAGAGGUCGACGUCGACGAUUCGUUUCCGGAUGAUGUGUCGCGUGCUGCAGGCGCUGCGGUAGAGAUUGUAGGACCGGAGUUGAAGGGUGCGAUGCUGACUCCCAACCCUCUCACCCCACUCCGGAGGGGGCCGACUUCCAUCUGUCCGCCCUUCGAGCGUUGCCUUUCGCUGCAUGUGCGGCUGUAG